CUACUUAGAUCACGUUAUCGAUAGUUAACACCAGGGCUUAACGUUUCCUAACCAUCUCUAACCAAUACAAAAAAAAAACCAAUCCAUUGGACUUUUUGUAGUUGUUUUUUUGCCAUCCUCGUAAACUUUGUUUAUAAACAAAAGGGGCCGAAAAUGUCGGCGUCCGCGGAAAAUUUAGCCGCCACGCUCGAUAAAUACGGCGACGAGGACAUAUUCAGCUUGCUUAUCCGUUACGGGCUCUAUGUGGGCGCCCUGUUCCAGUUUGUUUGCAUCUCGGCUGCAGUCCUGAUGGAAAACAAUCCGGAUAGUAAUACGGAAUCCGUCGAGGUGGCAGAGCGGGAGGGCGAACCCGUGCGGGCACGUCUGCACAAGAUCCGGAAGCUGGAGAAGAAAAAGCGGCGGUAGAUCUAUCCAUCUUAACUUGUAGUUAGCAUAAGUACACAUUCGAAUGCAUUUUUUAACUUAAGAAAAACAAUAAAAUAUAGGAUAUCUAUCUAAAACCGGCA